GGCAUUUUCGUGGUAAAAUUAAAAACUGCGCCCUUUAGUGGAAGCAGCUUUCUACAUAUACCGGAAAAUCUUCCCUUCUUCGUCCUCUGUCGUCUCUUCCGUGGUUUCGCCGGGGACAGAAGAAUCAAUUAAAAAGGUUUUGCCAGUAUGGAGACUGUGCACAGCUUUUGGCAAUUGGCUGAUGAUCUGCGAGGACAAUCAAAAAUCUCGGAGGAUCACAAGUGGUUAGUGGUUGCUUCCAAGCUAGCUGAACAGACCAGAUCAAAGGGUGAGCGAAGGAAUAACCUUGAUCUCUCAAAGGGCCCAGCUGAAAUAAGGCCAAGGGAUAACGUUGGCUUUCAGGAGGACAACAAAUUUGAAGGCUUUAACUUCAAUAUGUUAAAUUUGGACCCUCAAAAGACAGAAAAUAUCAACAAAAGCACUUUCAGGAGUGGUAUCUACAAUAUCAAUGCAGUGUAUCAGAAGAGCAAUGGCAACAAUGCGGGAAACAUAAUUGGGAGCAAGUAUGGUGCUAACAACCAGAACAAGGAACCCAGCAACAGCAGCAGCAGCAGCAGCAACAACAACAAUGAUAAUAGCAAUAUGAGUGCAAUGGACAAAAGGUUCAAGACCUUGCCUCCAUCUGAGACACUUCCAAGGAAUGAGGUGCUUGGUGGAUACAUUUUUGUUUGUAACAAUGACACAAUGCAGGAAGAUCUGAAGCGACAACUAUUUGGUUUGCCACCAAGAUACAGAGAUUCUGUUCGUGCAAUAACUCCAGGAUUACCUUUGUUUCUGUAUAACUAUACUACUCAUCAGCUGCAUGGUAUUUUUGAGGCAGCAACUUUUGGGGGUUCCAAUAUUGAUCCUACUGCUUGGGAAGAUAAAAAAUGUAAAGGAGAAUCGAGGUUCCCUGCUCAGGUGAGAAUCCGCACUAGGAAACUCUGCAAGGCCUUGGAGGAAGAUGCUUUUCGGCCAGUAUUGCAUCACUAUGAUGGCCCCAAGUUCCGACUUGAACUCUCAGUCGCAGAGACCCUGAACUUGUUGGAUCUCUGCGAACAAGCGGGCGUUUAAGAGCCAGUUGGUUUCACAAUCAACCCUCCUUCAGAAGCAAAUCUUAGUACUAAGCAUAUGUGAUCCUCCUAUCGUUAUGGUGCGUGUCAGCUGUUUGUUUCACAGAUUUUCCAGUGGAGCGUAAGCUUGGUUGGCAAAGUCUGCUGUGGGAAUUUGGCGGAUAGUAGGGAGAGCUCUGGCCAGCCAAAUAAGUUAAACAAGAUAUUUCAUGAGUAGCUCUCAUUAGAUCUUAAUAGUAUAGUGAUCUGAUCCUACGGGAAAGACUGGCUAGAUUGGAAGAGACGUUGCCAUGGUUUGGUCCUCAAAAGAUGACCUUUGUAUUCCUACGAUAUGCAAUUGAAUUCUGUUCCUGCCUUGUGGUCUGAUAAACUUGGAGUCAGAUUGAGGCUAGCUUGUUGCUAAGAUUAUAUAGUUAUGUAUUUUCUCCUGGGAAUUAAGAAAAUCUGAAAAAGCAACUGCUUUUUUCACUGA